AUGGCCUGUUUUUCUUCAAAUCAUUACCAGAAGAAUCAAAAUGGCUGUAAAAAAUCCCAAGUGGUGGUUGUAAUGGUGCCUUUACCAGCACAAGGCCAUCUCCACCAGCUCCUCCACCUCUCCCGCCUCAUUGCCGCCUACAACAUCCCCGCCCACUACGUCACUACCGCCACCCACAACCGCCAGGUUAAGCUACGCUCAACCAUCGACGACCGUGACUCUCAUCUUCAUUUCCAUGAAUUCCCAACUCCAGAAUUUCAAUCUCCUCCUCCUAACCCUAAUUCCUCCAACAAAUUCCCUUCACAUCUUCAACCUUUGUUUGAGGCUCUCUCUCCCCUCCGCCGGCCGGUUUUCUCUCUGCUACUCUCUCUCUCACCUACUGCACACAGAGUUAUUGUUAUUCAUGAUUCUUUAAUGUCAUCUGUUGUUCAAGAUUUUAGUAAAAUAUCAAAUGCUGAAUCCUAUGUUUUUCACAGUGUCUCAGCUUUUGCAAUGUUUUGGUAUUUCUGGAAAAUUAAGGAAAAGUCUUUUACAGUUGAAGACAAGAUUCUGUCUGAAAUCCCUUCACUUGAAAAUUGCUUUACAUCAGAAUUUCUUAAAUUCGUUGCCUCUGAACAUAAAUAUCAAGAAUUUAGUUCUGGGAUUCUUUACAAUUCUUGUAAAGUUAUAGAAGGUAAAUACAUUAAUUUACUCGAAAAAGUAUUAAAUAAAGGGUGUAAAAAGCAUUGGCCUAUAGGGCCAUUCAAUCCAGUGGAGUUGAUGAAUAAAAAAAAUUGCAAUGGGCGCCACGAAACCUUGAAAUGGCUUGACAAACAAGCACCAAAAUCUGUAAUUUAUGUUUCUUUUGGUACAACAACUUCAUUAACAGAUGAGCAAAUCAAAGAACUCGAAAUCGGGUUAGAACGAAGCGAACUAAAGUUCAUUUGGGUGUUGAGAGAUGCAGAUAGAGGAGACAUUUUUGCAGGCGAAACGAGCAGAGUUGCAUUGUCUUGUACUGUCCAAUCUACGUUGUCAAAUACUUCAGAAGGAUACAAAAAGAAAGAUAGGGGCAUUGUAAUGAGAGAUUGGGAUAUAGAUACACGAGAAAGUAUGUUCAAGUCCACCUUACCAAAAACGACAGAAUUGUACGAAAAUCGAGUAAGAGAUAGGGGCAUUGUGGUGAGAGAUUGGGCACCCCAAUUGGAAAUUUUAGGGCAUCCAUCAACAGGAGGAUUCAUGAGCCAUUGUGGAUGGAAUUCAUGCAUGGAGAGCAUAACAAUGGGGGUGCCAAUUGCUGCAUGGCCAAUGCAUUCUGAUCAGCCAAGAAACAGUGUUCUAAUCACAGAAGUGCUAAAAAUUGGUGUUAGUGUGAAGAAUUUCAGUUGCCAAGAUGAGAUUGUAAAAUCUUCAACAAUUUCAAAGGUAUUGAAAACAUUGAUGGGAUCAAAGGAAGGAUAUGAGAUUAGGCAAAGGGCGGAGGAAUUAGGUGUCGCGGUUAGGAAAUCGGUGGCGGAAGGUGGCGCCACCCGCAAGGAAUUGGAUUCUUUUAUAGCUCAUAUUAGUAGAUAA